AUGCUUCAGCAACUUCCUGAUCAGACGAGAGCUGAAGCAGUGGAGUCUUUGUGCUUUGAAGCAAAAUGCAGAGUAGAUGAUCCUGUUUAUGGAUGUGUUGGCAUUAUUCAUUUACUUCAAACUCAAAUUCAGAAUGCUCAGAAUGAAUUAGCCAAAACUCAAGCUGAGGUUGCUGUUGCUCAAACCAAACUUAGCCAAACUCAAAAUUCUGACUUCUGAGUUUAUGUAAUAUCAUUAUCUCUCAGUUUCAUCAAUAAUUUCUGAAUAAAAUAAUCUCUUUUGCAUUUCUGUUUCUGACUAAAAAGAUAAUGAACCUCUUACAAUUCCACUAACAAUGAUACAACAAACUCAUCAUCAUUCUAGAGGCCUUUAUACACUAUAUCAUCAAGGCUAACAUAUCAAAUCCAACUUCAAUAGCUACACUGUAAAAAACUGUUUCAUUAAACACAAAAUGUAAACAAAGUUUGAACCGAGUUUAUUAUUAUUACAAAUCCAUAACUCAUGGCUAUAAUUAUACAGUCUUGCCCCAUAUUUUGUGAAUCAUAAUAAUGUAUAUAAGAGAAAA